UGUCAUGUGUUGUGUUAAUUUAUAAAUUUAUUGUUAUUCCACAAAUUAAAUAUGUGAAUAUGUUAAUUUGCAUAUCACUGCUGAUUAAGUUUUACUAUCUUGUGGACGAAUAUUCUUUUAUGAAGUUGCAUAUUUAUUAACUUAUUAUUCAAAAGUACCCUAUUUAUAAAAAUAGAUUGUUCAAAAUCAAAACAGUUCCAGUUUUUACUUGCAUGAGUGCAUGCGUGUGUAAAUGUAAACUCGCAGCAAUUUGCCGCAUUCAUGUCUAAUUUUUUUUCCCAAUAUGUAAAUACCUAAUAUAUAAAUAGGACAUUUGUUUUCAAGCAGUAAGCAUAAAUAUUUUAAUAUUUAUUUUCAAGAUUAGUGUUGAAGCAUUGUGAAGAUAUAAAUAGGUUAUGUAAAAUGGCAAAUAUUGUGGCUAGGACAUUUUUUAUUAAAAAUAUAGUCAGAAUAAAGCAUUGCGCUAAUUUAUCUGCUCAUCCUUUUACCAGCAUCAUUUUGAAUAAGUUUGAUAAAGAAAGAAAAUGUAACAGUCAAGUUACUUUAUUGUGGAAGGUUCCAAAAAGUAGUAACAAAUAUUCAUCUGAUUCAAAAAAUACAGAAAAAAAAAGUGUUGGUAAAGGACUCGAUGAAAAUAAAGAAGAAAAAUUAUCUUUAUUUCAGAAAUUUAAAAUCAUGUAUAGAGAUUAUUGGUAUGUUCUUGUACCAGUACAUAUUGUUACAUCUACUAUGUGGUUUGGAAGUUUUUAUUUUAUGGCAAAAAGUGGUAUUGAUAUCAUUGCACUUUUAGAGUCUUGGCAUGUUAGCGAACGAUUUGUAAACCCUUUGAGAGAUUCGAGUAUGGGAUAUUUUGCAGUAUCUUAUGCAUUAUACAAAAUUGCAACACCAGCUAGAUACACAGUUACAUUAGGGGGUACGACAAUUUCAAUUAAUUAUUUGAAAAAAUGGGGCUAUAUCAAACCAGUACCUAGUAAAGAGAGAAUGAAGAAAAUAUAUGAGGAAAAAAAGGAGAAUUUAGCCAAAAGUAUGAAAGAGACAAAAGAAGGAAUCAAGGAGAAAAAAGAAAAUCUAAUAGAAUCUGUUCGUGAAGCAAAAGAAGGAAUUAUUGAGAAGAAAGAUAAUUUAAUAGAAACCUUAGAAGAAACAAAAAAGGGUUUGAAGGAAAAGAAAAGUCAUAUUGUGGAAAGUGUUAAAGGAACGAAAAAAAAAUUGGAUAGAAAUAAAUCACUUGCUGAAGACAUUUCCAAUAUAAAGAAUAAAGGGAAUUAAUUUCAACUAUACCUUUGUAUAUACAUAUAUUUGAAAUAAGUUUUAAUUAUAUUUAUAGUUUUUUUUGUUUUUACAAAAUAUAGUUCAUAUUAAUGAGAAGAAAGUUUUGUUAACACUGAAACUAUAGAAUACUUACAUUGUGAUGAGAUAAUACACCCGAUUGGCCUACAAUUGUAAAAAAUGAAAUAUUUUUUGAGUAUAUUACUAAAUCAAUUAUUUUAUAGCUUUAUCAGUAUUUAUAAAGAUAUUAAAAGAUGUUUUCCAUAUAAAAUUUAGUUGCAUGUAAAGAAUCAUUGAAUAUGGAUUGUAUGUUCGGAGAAAUUCAUAUAAAAUUCUAUCACGUACCUUUUUAUCAAGGCAAAAAUAGUAAUGAUAAAAAUUGUCACAUCAAAUUCAUAAAAAACCAAUUGAUUGUUUCGUAGAUAUAAACCAAACUGUUUUUUUAAUGGAGUACCCUGUAUAUUUCCAGCUUAUUGGAAUUGUCCCAUUUUUCUGAUUAGAUUGAUAUAUACA